UGCUGAUGCUAUAUGCAUCAGGCUAUCAUCAUAGAGCAUCAUAGAGCAAUAUUAACUGCUUGGUGCUUUUUGUUUAGCUGGUCUUUGUGGUUGGGUGGUUUAAUACUUAAAUGCCAUGUUUUGGGUGGGAGAUUAUGAGGGGUUUAGAGAAACAAGAUUUUCUUAGUUACAAGAGGGAACUGAACCUAGACUCUACAGAAACUAGAUUGAGGUAGCAUGCCGCUGUGGAGAAAUGACAAAAGUAUAGGAAUGGUGGCAAGCACUUAAGCUAGGGGCGGUAAUUUUUAUUGGCUUAAAGUUGCCAGGUAGCCCUAAACCAUUUCUGAAGGAGUGCAAUAAACAAAUUGAAUUCCUCCUUCCCAGUGCUACCUCCACUAUGUCUUGUGGGUUUCAUUUGUGUAGGUAACUAAGUACCUUUUGAGCUGCUUGGUGUAGUAUAUAAAGCGGGAAGUUGAGAAGUGUUUCUACACUGCAUUGAAGAAAUGGAAUCUACAAUGAAGUGUAUGUGCCUUCUAGCGUUUGUUGUGAUUCUGGGCAUCAAUCAAUUCGAUGGGGCUUACGGGGCUGGCGAGUGUGGAAAAUCUAGCCCCGACAAAGAGGCCUGGAAGCUGGCUCCUUGUUUAGAAGCAGCACAAGAUGCAAAUGCUGCAGUUUCUGAUAAGUGCUGCAGUCAGGUAAAAAGGAUAGGCCAGAACCCAAGCUGCCUCUGUGCUGUGAUGCUUUCUAAUACCGCUAAGAGUGCAGGAAUCAAACCAGAAAUAGCUCUUACCAUUCCGAAACGAUGUAACAUUGUGGAUCGUCCUGUGGGUUUCAAGUGUGGAGCAUAUACAUUACCCUGAAGAUCAUGAAGUCACUUAUGGUGCCAGCUACAAGGACUGUCAAGGAGUGCUGGAGAUUGUAUCUCUGUAACUAGUUCAUCUAGCUUUUUACUAUGACAUCCUGAUCUAGACACCUGAAUAUUAAAUAAAAUGUUUCUGUUUAACUGUCUUU